UAAUGUUGUUGUUUUUUUAACUUUCAGGUGUUGGUAAAUCAUGUUUAUUGCUGCAGUUUACAGACAAGAGGUUUCAACCAGUGCAUGACCUUACUAUUGGUGUAGAGUUCGGUGCUCGAAUGAUAACUAUUGAUGGGAAACAAAUAAAACUUCAGAUAUGGGAUACGGCAGGGCAAGAGUCCUUUCGUUCCAUCACAAGGUCAUAUUACAGAGGUGCAGCGGGGGCUUUACUAGUAUAUGACAUUACAAGGAGAGAUACAUUCAACCACUUGACAACCUGGUUAGAAGAUGCCCGCCAGCAUUCCAAUUCCAACAUGGUCAUUAUGCUUAUUGGAAAUAAAAGUGAUUUAGAAUCUAGAAGAGAAGUAAAAAAAGAAGAAGGUGAAGCUUUUGCACGAGAACAUGGACUUAUCUUCAUGGAAACUUCUGCUAAGACUGCUUCCAAUGUAGAAGAGGCAUUUAUUAAUACAGCAAAAGAAAUUUAUGAAAAAAUCCAAGAAGGAGUCUUUGACAUUAAUAAUGAGGCAAAUGGCAUUAAAAUUGGCCCUCAGCAUGCUGCUACCAACGCCACGCUUGCAGGCAAUCAGGGAGGACAGCAGGCCGGAGGAGGCUGCUGUUGAGUCUGUUUUUACCGUCGCGCUGCCCAAAUGGGGCUACUCACUGCUCCUUUCACCCUCUCCUACUCAGCUGCGACAUGAAACUAUUUGAAAUGGCUUUAUGUCACAGAAGACUUUACUCUUUCAAAUUCUUGUAUAACUUUGAAUAAAUGGUUAAUGUUCACUUAAAAAGACA